CUCUCUCUGGUCCAUUUUACUUCACUUCUCUGUCUUUACUCCUCCAAGCCUCCAACACAGCACUACACAACACAACCCUUCUCUCUCUCUCUCUCUCUCUUUAUCGCUCUCUGCACCUUGGUUUUCACUUUCCCUCUGCUUUAAGAACCCACCACUGCUUCAACUUGUGCCGUUGUUUCAUGGACCAGACCUCAUAGCUUAUCUCUCAUUAGUCAGUCACACCGACCCCCAGUGAGCAUUUCCUCUUCAUCUUUUUAGCUUUUAACCAUCUGGGCUGCUUCCUUUUUUACUUCAAGUGCUGUAGGAACCAUCUGGGGUGCUAUGCUACCUAAGACAUCAUGAAGAUUUCAAGUUCCAAGCAACUUGCUGUGGGAUUUGCACUUGGAAAUGAAGGAUAGGCAACGUUGGAGAGCUGAAGAGGAUGCAUUACUACGCGCAUACGUCAAGCAGUAUGGUCCUAGAGAAUGGAAUCUCGUGUCUCAGCGCAUGAACACACCUCUCAAUAGGGAUGCAAAGUCAUGCUUAGAGAGGUGGAAGAACUACCUGAAGCCUGGCAUUAAGAAAGGAUCUCUCACAGAGGAAGAGCAGCGUCUUGUCAUCAACCUUCAAGCAACACACGGAAACAAGUGGAAGAAAAUUGCAGCACAAGUUCCAGGUCGCACUGCCAAGAGGUUAGGAAAGUGGUGGGAAGUGUUCAAGGAGAAGCAGCAAAGAGAAACAAAGGGGAAUAACUGCACCAUUGAUCCAAUCAACGAUAGCAAGUACGAGCAUAUACUUGAGAGUUUUGCUGAGAAACUAGUGAAAGAAAGGCCUUCACCAUCAUUUGUUAUGGCUACUUCUAACAGUUCUUUUCUGCACACUGAUCAACCUGCGCCUGCACAGGCCUUGCUUCCAUCUUGGCUUUCAAACUCCAAUGGCACUGCACCUGUGAGGCCACCCUCCCCUUCUGUGACUCUCAGUCUGUCUCCCUCGACGGUGGCGGCGCCGCCUCCGUGGAUGCAACCGGUGAGAGGACCGGACAGUGGUGGUCCUCUUGUUUUGGGGAAUGUGGGUCCUCAUGGAGGUGUUGUAGCAUUUGGUGAAAACAUGGUGAUGUCUGAACUGGUGGAGUGCUGCAAAGAGUUGGAAGAAGUGCAUCAUGCUUUGGCAGCUCACAAGAAGGAGGCGGCGUGGCGGUUGAGCAGGGUGGAGCUGCAGCUGGAGUCGGAGAAGGCUGGCCGGAGACGGGAGAAGAUGGAGGAAGUUGAAGCAAAGAUGAAAGCUUUGAGGGAGGAACAAGCAGCUGCAUUGGAUAGAAUUGAAGCAGAAUACAGGGAGCAGUUAGCAGGGUUGAGAAGAGAUGCAGAAAGCAAGGAGCAGAAGUUGGCUGAACAAUGGGCUGCAAAACACAUGCGUCUCAGUAAAUUUCUCGAACAGGUAGGAUGCAGAUCAAGGCUCUCUGAACCAAAUGGGAGAUAGAGUGACAUCAUUCACAUCUGGGAAAAUUUCUAGUUUACUCUUACUAUUAUUUAUGUCUUCAAUUUAUAUGAACUUUUAUAGUCAUAGUAGUUUUGUUCCUGUCAUUAUUCUAAAAAUUUGUUGUUACAUAUGGCUAUUAAUAUCCCUAUCUUUUCAUACAACUUCAGAACUCGCACUAGCUACUGAUGUAUGUUUACAAUCACUUUAUGAAUAUUGACUUUCUUAUCAUUC